AUGUUUGACAUUCCUUCACAUGCUCUAUCCUUUGUUCCACCCACAUUUGACCCGGAAACCUGGCCUUUAAGUGUCAGUUUUAUGGGAUGGAGAUACCCGCAGAGGAAAUGGAAGGAGUGGGUUGAAAAAAUGGCUUUCUUUCAGGAGUCCACAUGGAAGAAAGCUGGAAUUCGUGAAUCUACGUUGAAUUCUACGUGUGAGAUUCAUAGAAACAAUGAUUUGGUUAUUGGGGUUGCGGAGAGAUGCGGGUACCAUGAUUUGGUGUCUCCUGUAACACCAAGUCUUGCUUGCAAACCUCUCAGUUCCAAGGACAAUAGAGAAGGCAGUGAGGUGCCAUGCGUAGAGCAUCAAGAGAACAUUUUGGAGCUUGAGCAGAUGAUUGCACGGAUAAAAGCAGUUGAAUCGAUACUAGAAUUGUCGCCCUAG